GGGAAGGGAAACAGCCGGAGCAAGAGAAGGAGGCAAGAAGAGGAGGGGAGCCCCUCCAUCCCUCCAUCCAUCCCCACGUGGCGCUGACGCCUCUCUCGCUCGCCAUCCGGAGCUAUAAAGGCAACAGAGAGAAAGAGAGAGAAAGCUGAGGAGGAGGAGGAGGAGGCAGCAAGGCUGGCAAAGAGAAGAAGAGGAAGAGGAAGAGAAGGAGGCGACGGCGGAGGGGACGAGGAGGAGGAGGAGGAGGAGGAGGAGGAAGCCCCCAGGGGCCCCCAGUGGGCAUCCGGCUUUUCCCUGAGCUGAGGGCUGGGUGGGAGUUUUCCCGCCUGGGAGGCGAGGAGGAGGAGGAGGAGGAGGAGGAAGGCUGUGGGGCAGGUGAGGAGGGCAAGGCAUCCCCUGGGGAGGAUGGGCGUGGAAAGCACUGUCCCUGCCCUCCGCCUUCUUGGCUGAGGCAUCUCACCUGCUCCUCCUUGGUCCCCUCUGGAAGAGGUCCUCCUCCUCCCCCUCCUUCCCUUCUGCUUCCUGGUGGAUGUUUCCCCUGGGGCUCCUGUUGGCCGAGAGCGGGAGGUUCUCUUCCCUCUCCCCCUUGGAAGGACCGGGUCCCCAGGAGCCCAUGGAGAGCCUCAACUUGAGCCUCAACCUCAGCCUGAAUGGGAGCCAGGGAGGGCAGAGGGAAGGCCUCCCUUACCCCCUCCCCACCACCUUGGCCCUCAUCUCCUUGGCCACCCUCCUCAUGCUGGUCACCAUCUUUGGCAAUGUCUUGGUCAUCAUUGCCAUCUUCACCAGCCGGGCCCUCAAGGCCCCCCAGAACCUCUUCCUGGUCUCCUUGGCCUCAGCUGACAUCUUGGUGGCCACCUUGGUCAUCCCCUUCUCCUUGGCCAACGAGGUGAUGGGCCAGUGGCACUUUGGCAAGGUCUGGUGUGAGAUCUACCUCGCCCUGGAUGUCCUCUUCUGCACCUCCUCCAUCGUCCACCUCUGUGCCAUCAGCCUGGACCGCUACUGGUCCAUCACUCAAGCCAUCGAGUACAACCUCAAGCGCACCCCACGGCGCAUCAAGAGCAUAAUCUUCCUUGUCUGGGUUAUCUCAGCAGUCAUCUCCUUCCCGCCGCUCAUCUCCAUCAUGAAGCAGGGCGAGCCGGAGAGUUCACCCCCCGAGGAAGCGGAGUCAAGGGCGGCGAAGAAGGAGCUCAGCUGCAGUAUCAACAAGGAGACCUGGUACAUUAUCUCUUCCAGCAUCGGCUCUUUUUUUGCUCCUUGCCUGAUCAUGGUCCUGGUCUAUGUCCGCAUCUACCAGAUUGCAAAGAGGAGAACUCGUGUCCCACCCGGCAGGAGAGGAGAGGCCACUGAAAGGAGGCAGAAUGGCCUGGCGGACAAGGAGGACAUGCCUGCGAUGACCAAGUUGAAUGGGGAGAAGGUGGCUGUGGCAGGAGGAAACCAGGAGAGGGAAGAGAUCAAUGGUAUAGACCUGGAGGACACCUCCUCCUCUGAGCACAAUGAGCAUCAUGAGCCCAGGAAGCAGGAGAGGCCACCACGAGGUAAGGGCAAAACCAAACUGAGCCAGAUUAAGCCUGGGGACACCUUGCCCAGUAGAGCAGAGGAGGAGCGCAGUGCCAAAGCUUCCCGGUGGAGGGGCAGGCAGAACCGAGAGAAGCGUUUCACCUUUGUCCUUGCAGUAGUCAUUGGGGUUUUUGUGGUCUGCUGGUUCCCUUUCUUCUUUACCUACACGUUGACUGCACUUUGUCAAAGCUGUCCUGUGCCCGACACCCUCUUCAAGUUCUUCUUCUGGUUUGGUUAUUGCAACAGUUCCCUGAACCCUGUCAUCUACACCAUCUUCAACCAUGACUUCAGGAGGUCCUUCAAAAAGAUUCUCUGCCGGUUAGACCGAAAAAGGGUUGGGUGAGAAGGAAUGGACUCCUGUUUUUGUUGCCAUGGCCAGGUGUCUUCGAGAUAUUCAGCUCUGGUUGGAUUUUUGGAAGUGGGUGACAUCUCAUUUGCUUACUGAGCAUGGACUCUUCAAAGACUUCAGGAGAGAUCAGCUUUACAACUGCUUCAGAGCUUUCUUGAAAAUGCAAUGUAUGUGUGAAAACUAGAAACAAAACAACACCCCCCAGUGGACCACUGGAGCCGCCUCAUCAACUAUAAAACAUGAUAGUAUUACAAAGAUUUCCAAUUUGCUGUUGGAUUUUGGGGUAUACAAACUGGUAACAUAAGCUUGACAAUAGCCAGAGUUUUAUUGUACUCCCUCUAUGUGGUUUUCUUUUAAAUUUCAUGUUUGUGUUGUCUUUUUAUUCAGUGUUGUUGAAAAACUGUAUCUCCUAUUUUGCCAUCAACUGAAAAAGAAAGAAAUAAUUUUAAAAGAACAUCCAAAUCAGCAUAGAUUCUGUCACAAGGACGAGCUGUUUUCUUACUUGUAAUGCUGAAGAGGAAUUAGAUUCUCAAAAGAGCAUGAUAUGGUGCUCUGUCCUGUCUCUGUCCUUCCUUAGAUGUAUGUUCAACGCUCAUGUAUUGCCCUUACCCUGGUUGUAAAUAGAUAACAUGGUAUAUGAAGUCUUUUGUUUUACUUCACACUGUUACCUGAUUUACAUUGAUUUUUAACAUUUUCAUUUGUGCUGGCUGUCUUGCACAAGAAAACUCUCUCCAUGCACAAGGACACUUUGUAGUUGUUUUCAAGUAGCCAUAGAAAUGUCGGGUUUCCUUCUCCUUGUUUCAGGUUUCAUGUAUCAAAUUCUCUUUUGAUUUAUUCUAGAGUGAAUGUUGUGCAUAAAGGCGAAAUGGGCAUAAAGGAAUCAUAAUUCUUCUGUCUAUGACCCAGCAGCACAAGAAAAAGUGAAUAAUUUUUGUUCAUGAUCUUUCUGUUCCCUCCUGCAAAUAAUUCAUUCAUCCUAUAUGACAAUAUUCUGCAGAUGAUUAUUAAAGUGUGGGAAGGGAAGGAAAACAGCCUUCCUCACCAUGGCAUCCUCUGUAGGUGUUGGACUAUAAAUCUUAUCAUCCCCAUCAGCUGAGAAGUGCUGGCUGUGGGCUGACGGGAAUUUUAGUUCACUACAACUGGAGCAUGGCAAGGUAGAGAACGCUUGAACAUGUUAACAAUAUUUUCAUAAAAAUAAUAAAACCACUAAGCACAGUAGUUUGUGGUGGGUAAUGAUGGUAGACAGAUACACACAUGACUAAUGUUUGUUGUUGGAGUCUCUUUAUUUUAAGUGAAAUUGUUUAUGUCGAUGCUUAGCCCUCUUCCUAAAAAUGUCACAGUUCUUUGGAACACAAGGAAUGACCCUUAUUUCUGACUUCACUAGCACUAUAAGAGCAGACGUCUAAUCUCGGCUGUGCCUUUUAGGUUUGAAAUAAUCAUUUGGAAGCCUUCAAUUUUAACAGAGCUGUUAAACAUAAUACUAACAGAUAGGGGCAAAGAGCUUAUUACCAUCAAAGUGUACUUGUGUACAACUUUGACAUAGUUUUAUUGGUUGGAGAACCUGAUACAAAUGUUUACAUAUUUGUAUUAAAAACAAUUAUUUGUAUUAAAAACAAUACAAAAUUUACAGGGUUGUUUUUUUUAAAAGAAAAUAUAUGUAGAAAAAGAACAAUUUUUCUAGCAGUAAGGAUAACUUUUGUGCUAGAAGUGCAUAUUGCUACACAGGGUGUAAUCUAUUUCUGAAGUGUGCAGAACCAGACCAUCCCUUGUAUAAUUGUGCGUGCACAGAACUUGUAGUUUUUGGACUACAAUUCCCAGAAUUCUUGAGCCAGCAUGGGAUUUACAGUCUGAAAAUAACCUUUCCAGAUCUACCAAAAAUGAGCCUCUGAAGCCACUGUAAUUCUAUUGUGAAGACACUACCAUAUAGCAAUGUUGAGAUAUGUAUUUAUAAUGGAUCAGGGUACUGGAAUGAUAUUUAUUUCCUCUCUUGCAUUGACUUUUAGACUGUGAUAAUCUCCUUUUAAUUUUUUAAAAUCUCUUUGCAUUACAAUGUAAUUAUUUGUAAAUAUCGAAAACCAGUAUCUGUUUAAUUUCCCCAAGUAAAAUCUAAAUUAUCUGAAUGUGAAUGUUCACUGUUUCCUAGCCAAAGAAAAUCAGAUAUAGAGAAGUUUUACUUUCCACUUGAGGCAAGCCGCCUACGUCGCAGUUCUCUCCAGUGACGUCUUGUGAUUGGAGAGGAACCUCAACUUCUUGAUUCAUGUGAUUCCAUGAUAGUUUCCCAGGACAGAUUGACCAGUUUAAUCUUGGGAUACUAGCCUCAUAAGAGUUUCUGGGUGCUGUGGAAUUCAACUGUUUAAUUAGAAUUUAUUAUCCAAUCAUGUUGUCAUGAUCCCUAACAGUGUCUUCAAAUAAGAAAACCAUUUCCCCCCAGCCCCUGAUUUCUCUUGAAAUGUUCAUUAAAACAGAAAGGCCAAUAUUUCAAAUCUGAUUUCUUACGAUACCAGAACAGAUAAUUUUAAGGCUAUAAGGUACAACUCCAGAUAAAGUAAAAUGGGCUUGAUGUAGUUGAAACACUGAGUUUUCUCUGGAGAUUGUCUACAUCUCCCAGAGUAGCAAUUUUUUUUAAAAUAAGUGUGCCUCUGCUCACAUAGGGAGCUCCCUUACCCACAAAUAUGUCUUUCUUUAAACUACUUGCAACAGGAAAGGAAUUCUGUAUUCACACUCUUACAUGUACAUAUGUCAGCCUUCCAUUGAAAUGAAUGGAAUCACUAUUCAGGAACUCUGUAAAUGCCAGAGGCUGGGAGAGAUAUUUUUCUGGAUUACAACUCCCAGCCUCCACUGGCUCAGUUGGCUGGAGAAUUCUGGUCAAUGUAGUCCAAAAGAAAAUCAACAGUUUCCUAGCUCUGUGUAUUUAGCCUCUUCUUUUGGGGUGAAUUUUUUUUAGGGCUGGUUAAAUCUGUAAUAUUCUAAGUCAGAUCUGAAUUUGUCCUGCCGGAAGAAUCUUAUAUGAAGAAUGCAGAUUGCCUAUAUGUAGUAUUAAGUCCAAUGUAUGCAUUUAUGAAGCAAACAGAAAAUGCCUUAUGUUGGGAAUUCUUUUUAUUAUUAUUAUUAUUUUCUGGAAUGUGUUUUUAAAUCAAAAGUGCACCUGGUGCAAGUCCAUCGUUCCCAUGCCAUUUGUGCUUUCUAAGAGAAUGAUAAAUGUAUACAGAAAUGGCCAUAAUGUUUUUUUUAUGAAAUAAAAAAUGUUUACACAUCAGAAAGCA